AGCGCCCAGUGUACUGAUGGUCCAACAUGAGAGGGCGAAGUAACGCCAGCCAGAGGGUGUACUUUUUCUUCUAAAAGCAGCUCUUGAGUGAUGUCAAGAAUCAAGCUUGGAUGACUGGACUGUUGACAAAUCCAACCAGCCGGACUCCAUGCCGGACUUUCCCUCUCUCCGUUCAUGUGCAGCGCUGUUUCAUACGUUCAGUGAUGCCUCUGCAGCCCACAGACGGAGCGUUACAGGAAGAUACUACAGUGUAUGGGACCUUACCAUCCAAGUGACGUCCUACUGUAUAUGAUCAAUCCCGACUUGUAAUAAUCGCGAGGAAAGGCAGCAAUUUCAGCGGAAUUCAGAGGAUUACUCUCGAGGCGAUUCUCGGACGGCCAAUCUACUGUGUUGACAAGGCGGAGAAAUGUGCAUGCACGGAGGCCGAGGAGUCUGGAAUUAAUCACAGGAGAGAAAAGAUGCCGAAGAUGAGACAAUAAAGAAGAACUAGUUGGGGCCUGUGCAGACUUCCCAGUUGGAUGUGCACGUCAACUUGGCCACAAUGACAAUGAAAGGCCUGUCCAGCAGCCGUAGUCACCACCACACGGUGACCUGCGACCCCUCUUACGACUCCAUGACCCUGGGGCACUCGGAUCGUCGGUCCUACUUCCUCAACCCUGGGGAGGCUCACUCUGCUGACCACCCCUGCUACACCCAGCGCAACUCCUUCCAGUCUGAAUGCAGUGCGUAUCCAGACCUGGCCAGCUGCACCUUCCCUCGCAGACAUUACAGCUCCCACCAUGAGCUGAAGGAGGAGUGUGGUGCUGUGGUGCCUUAUACAGGGCCAGCAGGGAGCAGUAAGGGAGGCGGAGGAGGUGGAGGGAACAACAACCGUAUCCCCUCUAACCUGCUAGAGCAGUUUGAACGCCAGGCACCUGUGCGGCGUGAAGGCUACCACACGCUGCAGUACAAGCGCACUGCGGUGGAGCAUCAACGCAGUGACAGUCCCGGUCGGAUCCGCCACCUUGUCCACUCUGUCCAGAAGCUGUUCACCAAGUCCCACUCCCUAGAGGGGCCCUCGGGGUCUGGUGGUGGAGGGAGCGGGAGGAUGAACGGUAGCAAAUCCAGUCCUGAUGACCCUCCCUCAUCCUCUGGCACCCUGAAGCACAGCAAGCGCAGCAAGAGCAAAGACCGCUCAAAGUCGGAGCCUAAGAUGCGCACUGCCAUCUCGGGGUACUGGAGCUCAGAUGACACGCUCACCAGGGAGGUUUGCCUCUACCACCAUCACCACGGGGGCAGCAGUGGAGGCCUGCCCUCUGGGGUCAUGACUAUGGGGCGCCACCCAGACAAAUCUCAGUCGCAGUACUUCAUGGAGUCCUAUAACACUAUCAGCGCCCACUCUCUCAAGACAUCACGCAGCAACAAUGACGUGAAGUGCUCAACGUGCUCCGGGGGCAGCAGCGGAGGGCUCCCGUUGGUGAGCGCACUGGACAGCCAAGUGCAGCUGAAGAAGAGCUCGUGGUCUUCAACUCUGACGGUGAGCAGAGCAAGAGAGGUCUACCAGAAGGCCUCAGUCAACCUAGAUAAAGCUCUAGUGAAAGCCGAGCAGGGACGCACCUGCCACUUCCUACAGGUGCCUCAGGAUGACUGGAGCAGUUUCUCUCCACUGGGGAAGGAUGAUGAGAUCCCAUGCCGGCGGAUGCGCAGUGGCAGCUACAUCAAGGCCAUGGCAGAAGAAGACAGCGGCGACUCGGACUGCAGCCCCAAGCCCUCGCCCAAGGUCCAGGCGCGGCGGGCGAGUUACCUGAAGGCCACACAGCCGUCCCUCACAGAGAUGACCACACUCAAGAUUUCCACAGAGCAUUCGCCCAAGCUGCAGAUCCGGAGUCACAGCUACCUGCGGGCGGUGAGUGAGGUUUCCAUCAAUAGGAGUCUGGACAGCUUGGACCCAGCAGGGCUGCUGGCCUCACCUAAAUUCCGCUCGCGAAAUGAGAGCUACAUGAGAGCCAUGAGCACCAUCAGCCAGGUGAGCGAGGUGGAGGUGAACGGGCAGAUUGAGGCAGUGUGCGAGUCAGUGUUCAGUGAGAUGGAGUCGCAGGCGGUGGAUGCCCUGGACCUGCCCAUGCCUGGCUGCUUCCGCAUGCGGAGCCACAGCUAUGUGCGUGCCAUAGAGAAAGGCUGCUCGCAGGAGGAGGAGGAGGGAGGUGUCGCAGUGGGCAACAGGAGGACCAACUCACCACCGCGCACCACCACCACUGUCAGAACCAUCCAGAGCAGCACAGUGUCAUCAUGCAUCACCACUUACAAGAAGACACCUCCCCCAGUCCCACCACGCACCACCCCAUCCAAACCCUUCAUAUCCAUCACAGCCCAAAGCAGCACAGAGUCUGCCCAGGAUGCUUACAUGGAUGGGGGCUCCGGGACACGGUCGGGCAUCAGCUCCCAGCCGGGCCUGUCCAACUCCACAGAGAGCAUCGACAGCAUGAAGGCCCUGACGGCAGCCAUAGAGGCAGCUAACGCUCAGGUGCACGGCCCCGCCAGCCAGCAUGUCACCAACAGCACCAUCACCAUCACUGCCACCGCCACCACCUCCGCCGUUGCGCAUGUCUCCGCAGACAGCAAGGCGCAGAGGGAAGCGCUCCGCAAGUGCCUCUCCAUAGGAAUCCAGGUGGACCCAGAGGAAGGAGGGCCCACAGAGGAGCAGUCUAAAUUCCAGUCGAUAGGAAUUCAGGUGGAGGAUGAACGAUGUUACCGCAGGAUGACCCGCUCCAAUAGUGUAACCACAGCUGUGCAGGCCGACCUCGAUGACCCCGCAGAUGCCCCUGAGCUGCCACCGCGUCACUGUGCCACAAUGCCACGCCAGCACUCCCGCGAUGCCGCCACCUCUACCGUCAGCAUCCAAGGCUCGGGGAACCACUACCACGCCUGCGCCGGAGACGACUACGGGGAGGUGGGGUUCGACCCGUCUAUUCUGCCCCCUCCGGACCCCUGGAUGGACAAUGUGGCUGAACCUGAGGUAGAGGCCGUCGGCCGAUCUGUGUGUCCACGCGAUGGCCGCUGGUUCCUCAAGCUGCUGCAGGCUGAGACGGAGCGCAUGGAGGGCUGGUGUAGGCAGAUGGAGCAGGAUGAGACGGAGAAUGACCUGCCUGAUGAGAUCCUGGGGAAGAUCCGCAGUGCAGUGGGGAGUGCCCAGCUGCUGAUGUCCCAGAAGUUCCAGCAGUUCCGGGAGCUGUGUGAGGAGAAUCUGAACCCAAAUGCACACCCACGGCCCAUCUCCCAGGACCUGGCAGGUUUCUGGGACAUGCUCCAGCUGUCAAUCGAGAACAUUAGCCUGAAGUUUGAUGAACUCCACCAACUCAAAGCCAACAACUGGAAACCUCUGACCCCCCCAGAAAUUCAGGAGAGAAGGAUGCCCCCUCCCGUGCCAAAGAAGCCCCAGAAGGGCCACCCUCCCCUGGCUAGGGACCGCUCGCUGGAGAGCUCUGAGCGCCAGCGUCUGGAGGCUCGCAAACGCCUGCUAGCUGCCAAACGUGCCGCGUCGGUUCGGCAGAGCUCUGCUACAGAGAGCGCAGACAGUAUCGAGAUCUAUAUCCCAGAGGCUCAGACCAGACUAUGAGACAGGCAAACAUAUGUACCUACACCCAUGCCCAAUACACUGUCCCAUACUCACAAUAGCACUGAAUGGUAAGGCUAGGGUGCUAACAUUACAUAAUCACAUUUUUUGCGGACUUCCCAGAUCACUGUGGGGUCAGUCACGAUGGAAUUGGACAAGAAAUGUAUAUUUACAGUAUUUAUUUAUUUAUUUAUCUACCCCCUUUCCUCAUUUCUUUCUCCCAGCUUUGAUGUAGCACUCCCUUUUUUCUCCUGUACCUCCACCCACCCCUCACUCCCGAAGAAGUCUCUUAUAAAUCCCUUUUUUAAAGUGACCUGAUAUUACAAAAGUAAGCCAGGUGUAGCACAGCAGCAAUGCUUCACAUUAAAGUGUUCCGGAGCUGAGAGUUACAAGGAAAACUAGGAGGGAGCAUGCAUGUGCAUGUGGAGUGUGUGUUUGUAUAUGCAAAUACACAAACUUAAGAGAGAUAAUAUUUAAACUGAUCCGCUCAGAUCAAAAACAUCAGACCAGACCAGACCUAUUAAGUCAUAUUUGAUAUAUAUAUGAAGUUGAUUUUAUUUUUAUAUUUUUACCAAAAUCCCAUGAUCCGAUUCUGAAAAAACUAGAAGCUUGCAAGUUUUUGUUUUUCUAUAAUGAGGUUAAAUAUUAGAAGACAAGGGUGAAAAGAACAGACAAGGAAAUUAUAGUGUCAGUUAGUGACACAGUUUGCCAUCUGUCUGAAAAUGGGCCUUUCCGGCAGCAAGAGGUCGACCCUGUAGGAAAGGUUAAGAGUCAGGUCAGAUUUUGCUCCUCCAGGUGAGGCAAAGCGGCUUUUGAGUCAGGAGCAAAUUUUGAGGAGUGCAUUUCACAGAAAGAGUCACUGUUUUAAAAUGCCACAAACCUAACCUGUCUGUGUGUGUGAGUGAGAGAAACAGUAUGUGUGUGUGUGUUUUGAUUCAGAUGUUCAUUUCAAAAGUGCUUCCUAUUUUCCUGGGGCUGAACAGUCCUAGCUGUAAUUGAUUAAUAAGGUAGCAGCAUCAACAACCUGUAAACAAACCACCCAUCUUGUCUCAUUUUAAACUGAGCAAAUCAUAUUUGUAUAAAGGACAUACAGUAUAAUGACAUGACAUGCAUGCUGACACAAGGUAACCAAUAUUUUUGUCUUUUUUUAACAGGUUUAAUCCUUUCUCAUGUUGCAUUUAAGCUCUUCAGUGUUACAGACUAAGCUAAAAUACUGAUAUUUGGUACAAUACUGGUAGUUGUACUAUAUUUUAUUAUGUCAUUUUUAGACAAGAGAGGUUUAUUGACAGUAUUGAGACUAAAGGACUGAAAAGGGACUAUUUUCUCCUCACUGUGUGUGCACUAUCUCUGCCUCCAAAUGAAGCAAUUAUUUGAAGGUCAUACAAAAAAAUCCAAUUUCUAAUAUUUUGUAUUCAUGUUUAAUUUAUUGAUUAGAAGAACAAUGACUGUUUAUUGACAUUGUGAUUAUUAUUAUGCACUGAUAACAAGGCCCUUAUACUGUGUUUAUGUUUCAUGUAUGUUAGUUCUAUAGCAUGACAGGCACCUUUUUUUGUCUUUUCUGUUUCAGUGAUCAGCCUUAAUUUCUAAUAUGAUAGUUGAGCACAACAGCAGCCUCAGGGGAAAGAAGUGUGUAUGUGCUUAUAUGUGUGUGUGUGUGUGUGUGUGUGUGUGUGUGUGUGAGAGGGAGAGAGAGAGAGAGAGAGAGAGAGAGAGAGAGACUGAGAGAGGGAGAUGGUGUGACUGACUUCAUGUGACCCAUAGCUUUGUCUCUUACUGUAUAUAACCCCAGUCAAAGAAAGGCCAUGCUCUUAAAUAACGGAAGCAGUGUCCAUGCCAUCUUUUUAACGAUGUUCCUGCUGAACAUCUCAGCUCUACUUACUUCAGUGUACAAGGUAUUUCUGUCAGCUGCUUGAAUGUGGGGGACAAUCCUGAGCCAGUUUACAUCACAUCAUUGUUUUGAUACCAGAAUAGCAGGACUUUGGUGUGUUAGUCCAAUUCUCUGUAUUGAUCUGACAAAGUUUUGUGCCAUUGGAUAACUAUAGGUAUAUUCCUGCUAUUUGUCCCUAUUGAACGCUACCUGAAGAUUUCAUUGAGAGAUGUUUAUUUGUGAAGGAAUUCCAGUGAUGAAGUAACCGUACAGUAUGAUUUGUAUUUCCUUUAGUUGGUUGAUUUUUAGAGAGGGUGCAUAAACGUGACAAUAGUUCAAACUUAAUGCCAUUUUAUGUAGAUGAAGCUCAUUUUAGAUUUUUUUUACUUUGGAACUUGUAUUUGAAUUAAACUGUCUGUCAAAUGAUUGACUUCUGAUUUAUGUUUAUUAUAUUAACAUAUCAAUAUAAUACUCCUGGUAUAGCAGGGAGUUAGAAACCAGAAUGUUGGAUUGUGGUUAAUUGUUAAACUCUAAAGACACUCCAGCAAUCCUGGCAAUUCUGAAGCUUGUGAUGUAGUUAUAUUAGGAGAAAAACAUUCAAAUAAACAUUUGUACAUAAAUGAAUGUUUCCUUAUGUAAAUGUAAACUAAAAAAACCCAAUCAAAUAACAUAUUAAGCAGAUAUACAUUUUGUAAUUAAUGUUAUUACACUGUUGAUGUUAUGGCACGUGUAUGAGCUCUUAUCGGCAUUAAAAAAAAUCAUUGCCAUAA